GUUUCCGGCGUGCCUCGCACCGUGUUCAAUCGAGCCGGAACGAACCCCAAACAAACCCAAAUGCUCGAUCCGGCGGAUCGAUCGCGUCCAAUCUGGAGCCAGCCAGCAGAAAAUCCCGGUCUUGUGACCCGAUUCCGACUGCCACGGGGAAGCGCCGGCCCCCAAAUCAUCACUGCCUGCAUCGACUCGGCACGGCACGGGCACCCCCGGGCCGUCGGCUCCUCGUGUCUCAGCAUAAAUCGACGGCCUUUUGUCCGUCCGGCGGCUGCUCGGAUCACACUACCAGCGCUAGGCCUAGGGUUUGGUAUCGAGCGGAUCGAUCGAAGCCAUGGAGAGCGAGGGCAACGCCGCCGCCGCUGGUGCUGGUGCUGGUGCUGGUGCUGGCAACUGGGAGGCGCCGAACGGGGUGAUCGUGCUGCCCGCGGGGUCGGCGGCGCCGAGGUUCCUGCAGCAGGAGCCCCACUACCUGCGGCGGAAGCGUGAGAUGGAGCGGGAGCAGCAGGACGCGGAGGCGGCGGGGGCGGACCCGGGGGUUUUGGGGCUGGACCUCAGGCAGCCGCCGGAGAAGGUGUACUACAAGACUAGGCUGUGCGAGAAGUUCGAGGCUGGCAAGUGCGCGUACGAGGACGGGUGCACCUUCGCGCACGGCUUCGACGAGCUGCGCCCGCCGCUGCCCGUGCCGACCGCGCUCAUCCGGCGCAGGUCGCCGCUGCGGCCGCGGUCGUCGUCGCCUGGUGGUGCCGCCGCCGACGGCUCGCAAGUCAGCGGCGGCUACCUUAGGGUGUGCUUCGAAUUCAGGGACACGGGGGCCUGCCACCGGGGGGAUAGGUGCGCCUUCGCCCACGCUUCCGUGGCAGCAGACAUGCCCUUCCCUGGGGGGCCAAGGUCUGUGGAGCACGCGCUGAGGAACGCGUCGCCGUAUGUAAAGGCGUACUCCUCGCCGGGGUCCGCGGCCUCCGCGCACCGUAGCAGCAGCACCACCAGCAGCUUUGCACCGUCUUCCACAAGGGCGGUCCCGUCCAUUCCUGCCGACGCGGCCGGGGAGGGCCGUCGUCGCAAGGUCACCCGACUGGAGCUCCUGAGCCGCAAGAAGACGAGCGGCAUCUACGGCGACUGGCCGGGGCAGGAAUGAGUGCGCACCAUGCGUCGAAGCUGCCAUGUCUACCUUCCUGCCUUUAAGCGUGACAACAUCGUCCAGAAUAAUUAAAAGAACUGAGCGAUCUGCUAUUUUGAUUUGAACUGAUUUGAAAAUGUUGUGGUUGUAUUUCGUUUCCUGCUGAAUCCGUGCAUGUAAUCCGUCUGAUCAGACCUCUGUGCAUUCCUGCCAUCAUUUCUACUUUCAUAAGACUGGAAUAAUUUUAA